GCGGCGCCUGAGCUGGAGGUCGCGGCGGCGCGGAGGCAGCAUGGCAGCGGCUCUGGUGCUGAGAGGCUCCGCCAGUUGGUUGCGCAGGCAGAGGAAGGUCUGUGCGGGCAGCGUGGCGAUGGUGUCUUCUAGGGCAAUGGCUUCCAAAACUGCUGUUGGAUUCGUUGGUUUGGGUAACAUGGGAAAUCCAAUGGCGAAAAACCUUGUAAAACAUGGGUACCCUGUCAUAGCAUAUGAUGUAUUUCCAGAAGCGUGUAAAGAAUUUCAAGACCUGGGCUCACAGGUGACAGAUUCCCCAGCAGAUGUAGCAGACAAAGCUGACAGGAUUAUUACGAUGCUUCCAUCUAGUGCUAAUGCAAUAGAAGUCUACGUAGGCUCCAAUGGAAUUCUGAAGAAAGUGAAGAAAGGUUCUUUGUUAAUAGACUCCAGUACUAUUGAUCCUGCAGUUUCAAAAGACCUAGCUAAAGAAGCUGAAAAAAUGGGAGCUGUUUUUAUGGAUGCCCCUGUUUCUGGUGGUGUUGGAGCUGCCCGAGCAGGAAACCUUACGUUCAUGGUUGGAGGAGUAGAGCAAGAGUUUGCUGCUGCAAAGGAGCUGCUUACAUGUAUGGGUUCCAAUGUGGUCUACUGUGGAGAAGUUGGAACUGGACAGGCUGCAAAAAUCUGCAACAACAUGCUAUUAGCCAUUAGUAUGAUUGGAACUGCUGAGGCCAUGAAUCUUGGAAUCAGGUUAGGGCUUGACCCAAAGCUGCUGGCCAAAAUCCUAAAUAUGAGCUCAGGCCGUUGUUGGUCAAGCGACACUUACAACCCAGUGCCAGGAGUAAUGGACGGCGUCCCUUCUGCUAACAAUUAUCAAGGUGGCUUUGGAACAACCCUCAUGGCCAAGGAUCUUGGCUUGGCCCAGGUUUCCGCUACCAACACCAAGACGCCAGUCCUUCUGGGCUCUCUAGCCCAUCAGGUCUAUAGGGUCAUGUGUGCCAAGGGCUACUCCCAGAAAGACUUCUCGUCUGUGUUCCAGUUCCUACGUGAAGAGGAGACCUUGUGAAAUCUCUUUUGACAGAGGACACUGUUAACAACCAAACUGUCUUUGGAGCCUUCUUGCCGAUUACUCAUCAAAUACAUGGGUUUAAUCGAAGGUCAUGAAUCAUGAUCUCACCCACCUCUAAUCUGCUGGGCUACAGCAGAUGCCAGGAUUUAUUUUGAAAUAUUAUAAAGAGAAAGGGUUUGGUGCGUGUUUUAGCUUUACAGUAUAUAACUGACUUAAUUAAAGACCUGUAAUCAGGUUUAAAUAAAAUUCAGUAUGCUUAUAUACAAAACGACUUUAGCACGGUUCUAAACUGUGCAAAUGUAACUGUGAUUUAAGGGACAGAUUCUGAGCUUCCUAAGUAACAAAACCAUUUCAUCUUUAAAAAAAAAAAAAAAAUUCCCAUGAAGAAUUUUCCUGAUAUUUUUUACAUCUCGCUUUGGCCUAAUUAUAAAUGCUGGUGGAAAGUUAUAUUAAAAGAGGUUUGCAAGUUUAUUGAAAGGCUGCUGCUUACACGGUUUUAAAUGGUAGACAUAGUUAAAAUAACACUGUGUGUGAUUAAUCUUUGCUAAUCUGAUUAUAUAUAUAUAUAUA